CUCUUCUGCCCUCCCAAUUCUCUUCUCUCCCGGGCUCAACAGGAUCAUCUUCUUCUUCUCUUGUUCUCAAGCAUCCAACCUGCCCCACCACCCAUUCGCCACUCCUUUACCUUUGCCCAAGCCUCUCAUUACCGCCAAAAUGGUCUCUGUUUCCUUCUUUGCCACUAUCCUCUCCAUGGGGCUUGCUGUCCUUGCAGCCCCGGCCAACUUCAACAUUUCGGUGGUCGAGGCCCGCGACAGCUGUGACUCCACGAAGUCUUUCUGUCCCAAGGGUGACCGCGGUCAGUGCAACCCGGGAGUUGACGGGUGCAUGCAUAUCUAUUAUUGCGAGCACAUCUGGUCUCAGGGCGACUGUGCUCACAGUUACUCUUGGACCGGCGAGUGUCGUAACAUUCCCGCCAAAUUUGACAAUGCCAUCAGCUCUAUUGCCAACGAGAAUGUCGACCAAUCCGACUGCCACUGGUUUGAUGGUGCGGAUUGCACCGGCGCCCAGUAUUCGAACGAGAACGACCAAAACCUUGCCGAUGGCAAUGGUUGGUGGAACGACCGUAUCAGCUCCUACCGCUGCGACUACCAUGGCCCGGCUUCUUAAGCCCGCGGCAUCAGCUUCCUUUCUCUCAAUUCUUAGCUGGUUUUCCCCGCAUCAAUCGACAUCUGUAAAUGGGUCGGAAUGGGUUGGGCGUAUGGAAAAGGAAAUGAGUAGACAAAGGGUUGGGUGAAUGUUUCUCUGAAUAACAAGGCGUUCCGGUUUCAGGG